CACAUGCGGUUUGGAGUAACAAGUGGAUUUGACAUUUAGGCUUUCUCACCGUCGCGCUUGGAAACACUCGAGCACAGUGCUGGACCAGAACCAUGGACUCUGAUACGAGCCGCGUGUCGAGCAGACCAUCCUCUCCCGAGGUGGACGACAUCUUCAUGUCCACUCUGAAGAAGUCCGUGCACGGCUUCUCUGGCGCCGUGUCCUCCACACAGAGCGACUCUCCGUCAGACAUCCCCGGCCUGCGCGGCCUCUCCGCCGCCGAGGAGGACGCCCUCGCCCUCCGGAUGGCGUCCAAGAAAGACCGUAAACUGCUGUCAGAGAACGAGCUGCAGACCAUCCGCCUCAAGAUCAACAGCCGCGAGAGGAAGAGGAUGCACGACCUGAACGUGGCCAUGGACGGGCUCCGGGAGGUCAUGCCCUAUGCGCACGGACCAUCGGUGCGCAAACUCUCCAAAAUCGCCACCCUGCUGCUGGCGAGAAACUACAUCCUGAUGCUGAGCAACUCGCUGGAGGAGAUGAAGCGGUUGGUCAGCGAAAUCUACGGCAGCAGCGGACACCACGGAGGCUUCCACCCGUCAGCCUGUGGGACUAUGACACAUGCGGGGCCCGUGCCGGGACACCCGGCGGCCUCUCACGCCUCACACCCGGCGGUGCACCACCCGCUCCUCCCGCCGGCCGCCGUCUCCACCGCCUCUCUGUCCGCGCCCGGCAUCUCCGCCGUCACCUCGGUCAGACCCCAUCACGGACUCCUCAAAGCUCCCGCAGCCGGUGCAGGGCCGCUGGGCAGCAGUUUCCAGCACUGGGGCGUUGGCACCGGGAUGCCUUGUCCGUGCAGCAUGUGCCAAGUCCCGCCUCCGCAUGUGUCCAGCAUGAGCGCCGUCACCAUGCCGCGGCUGGCCAGCGACUCCAAGUGACUCCAGACUGAAUGGAAACGAACUUGUUUUGGGGUUACAGACUCUCUUCCUACAUUAUUACGCUUUUAAUUUAUCUUUUGUUGCUGAAUCCGUUGUUGCAUUCACGGAACCAGUAAAGACCAAUGCAUUGAUUUUCCUCAUGAGACUGUGGGGGUUUGCAACUAACUUAGUGUUUGAUGGUAAUUAACCUCAGUUGUAACAGGUGUUUCUUCACAGAGCUCCUAAAGCACAACGAAAUUCAUCUUCUUACUGGAAACGUUUGAUGGCGCAGGCCUCUGUGUGUCUGCAGUUAUUUAAAGAUCAGAUUGAAUUAGUUGCUUUUCUGUUGUGUGGGCCUGCAGAGGGGAAAGGUCCCAACUUGAAUCAAACCACAAUAGAGUGUAAAUAUGUAGAUGGAUUAUUCUGUUUAAAUAGUCUGAGAUAUUAUAUAUUAGAGUCUUGUUAAUGUGUGGGAAGACUCCCCCACCCCUCACAUGUUGCACCUGCUUUAUUCUGUCUGUCUAAUAACAACGCAUCUCUCUCUAUUUUGUGCCCAGAUGGGCUGUCAGUCACUGCCCGAGCCACACAAUGACCACUUCUUUAUUUUUUUAAUAAAAAAAGAAAAAAAAGAAAAUGAUAUUUAUUUACUUAUUUUGAGUGGGAAUUUCAGAUGAAUCUCUGAUUAUG